AUGGACGACAGCGACCUGGGGUACCACUCUGAGCACAACUUGAAGGGGAGAACGCACGAAGGGGUGCAAGAAACGCGACUAGUGAUCGGUCUGGACUAUGGCACUACAUACACCGGACAAGGUAAAAUCGUGGACGAGAAGGUACCAAGUGUCAUCUCAUACUCUCACUCAAACUACGAGUGGGGCGGUGCUUUAAGUGAAGACUCUAUCUCUAUGGUGCACACUAAACUCGAGCUCGGUCUACAGAGUCGCCAGGACGAGCUGGACAUGACGCUCCAGGUCUUGGAUGGAAUGUCUAACCUCAACAUCGACGACAUGUUACGUUCUAUGUCCAAUGACGAAGACGUGCCUGCCUACUCACAUAAAAGUCCGGAAGAGAUAGUCACCGAUUACCUGCAAAAGGUAUUCCAACAUCUAGAGGUGGAAGUCGAUCAAUUUGGUGCGAUCGCAAGAAAACAUACAGCUACAGACAUUGUAGUCACUGUACCCACAGUAAGCGAUACCAACCGUGUUGCAUUGCUAUAG